AAAAGAUCCCAGAGAAAUGACUCUUCCCAAACCAAUCCAAUCGGGAGCGGGGCGGGAUGUACAUUCAAUGACGUUUCCACUUUCCAACUUUCCACUCAACUCCCAUUUUUGACAUGGCGUAGGGAAGAGGCAACGCAGCGGGCAGGCAUUGUAGCGGGAAAACCGUGAUCAGUUGAUAAAGUAGAGGAAUUUCUAUGUUUUUAUUUCAGUAGGUUGAUAUACAUUUGCAAGUUGUAACUAAGAGUCAAGCAGAGUUUAGGGUGCCCACUAAGUGUUGAAGAUGAUGUCUGAUGCCAGUGACAUGUUGGCAGCAGCUUUGGAGCAGAUGGAUGGGAUAAUAGCAGGCUCCAAGUCCAUGGACUACUCCAACAGCCUGUUUGACUGCCAGUCACCAACCUCUCCCUUCUUGGGAAGCCUGCGGGCACUGCACCUGCUGGAGGACCUCCGGGGCGUGCUGGAGCUGAUGGACACCGAGGAGAGGGAGGGCCUUCGCUGCCAGAUCCCUGAUGCCACCGCAGACAGCCUGGUGGACUGGCUGCAGCAGGGACACCUGAUGUCCAAUGGCCACCACAUUUCCAUGGGUGGUGACCUCUACCAGGAGAGACUGUCUCGACUGGAGGGUGACAAGGAAUCCCUGGUGCUUCAGGUGAGUGUGUUGACAGACCAGGUGGAGGCGCAGGGGGAGAAGAUAAGGGACUUGGAAAUGUGUCUGGAUGAACACCGGGAGAAACUGAACGCCACUGAGGAGAUGCUACAACAGGAGCUCCUGUGCAGAACGACUCUAGAGACUCAGAAACUGGACCUAAAGGCUGAGGUGUCCAACUUGAAACUGAAGCUGAACUCAUUUGAGAAGGACAUACUGCACUUUGACUUCAGGGACAGUGAGGACAUGGGUCUGGAGAUUAAUGAGCUGAGGUACAAAGUGACUGAGAUGGAGAGUGAAAGACUACAGUAUGAAAAGAAACUGAAAUCCACUAAGUCGCUAAUGGCCAAGCUUUCUAGCCUGAAAAUCAAAGUGGGCCAGAUGCAGUAUGAGAAACAGAGGAACGAGCACAAACUGCAGGCACUGAAGGAGGAGCUGGUGACGCUGAGGAGGCAGCUGGAGGGAAGGGACAGAGAGAUGAGGAGGUUACACGGCGAGACUGGGUUCAGAGCCAACACCCCGGGUGGCAUGGACUGUGGAGACAGAGUCUCUCACCCAGAUGAAACUCUUAAAAAGAGGCUGAAAGAGAAACAUGUGGAAGUGCAGAGAAUGAAAAAAGCGGUGGAGUCACUGAUGGCAGCUAAUGAGGAGAAGGAUCGUAAGAUUGAGGAGCUGAGGCAGUCGCUGCAGCGCUACAAGAAGGUCCAGGACAUGGUGAUGUCAGUGCAAGAGAAGAAAGACAAAACCAAAGAUGGUGAGAGUGAUGAGAGUAACAGCGACAACUCCCUCUCUGUGAUGUCAACGACAACCACCCCAAUUGCCCUGGUGUCGGAGAGGCACGCGCUAGCUGGAGUCGAGGAAGUAGCAGCGAAGAGCCCAGACGAGCUGGAGACGCACUAUGGAGCUACUGAAGUGCCUUCGGCAACAACCCGCCCUACAGUCCAGUCAGCCUGCGCUCAGAGCGUGCCAGAGCUUAACCAAGCUGAACCUGAGAGGACCCUGCGUGUCCCAAAGUCAGCGAGUCAGGAAAACUUGUAUGUCAGCAACAGUGAAAAGAUUACAUUGGUGAUUGACGAAAAGCCAACAGAGAAUAAGGCUGUGGAGGACAUCGAUAAGAUCAGCGAGCGCCCGCCCAAGUCUCCCUCUUCAUCUCGCCCAGAGGACGACAGCUUCGGUACCAAGAAGGCUCGCUCCUCCUUUGGCCGAGGCUUCUUCAAGAUCAAGGGGGGCAAGAGGACAGCCAGCACCCCUAACCUGGCUGAGACCGUGCGAGAGGGGGGCACUGACCAUCUGGACCUGGCCGGGCUACCCCAGAGGUCAGCCAUCAGCGACAGCACCAACACACUGACCAGUGUGACCUCCACUACCUCUCCCGAGGGCAAGAAGAAGUCCAGGGGAAUCAAGGCACUCUUUGGAAAGCUGAGGAGAAGUCAGUCCACCACGUUCAACCUGGAUGACAACCUAUCAGAGCCGGUUGAGUUCAAGAGGGGCGGAGUCCGGGCCACAGCAGGACCCAGACUGGGAUGGUCCCGGGACCUACAGCAAUCACCCAACAUUGACUUGGACACCCCGUUUGCCCGCUGGUCCAAGGAGCAGGUGUGUGACUGGCUGCAGGAGCAGGGACUGGGGCUCUACCUGAACAUGGCCCACGUGUGGAUCUCUUCUGGACAGACUCUGCUGCAGGCCUCACAGCAAGAUCUAGAGAGGGAGCUGGGCAUCAAACACCCUCUGCACAGGAAGAAGCUCCAACUGGCCCUGCAGGCUCUGGGCUCUGAGGAGGAUGACAAUAAGGGCAAACUGGACUACAACUGGGUGACCAGAUGGCUGGAUGACAUUGGCCUGCCUCAGUAUAAGACCCAGUUCGAUGAAGGGAGGGUGGACGGCCGCAUGCUGCACUAUAUGACAGUAGAUGACCUGUUGUCUCUGAAGGUGGGCAGUGUGCUCCACCACCUCAGCAUCAAAAGAGCCAUCCAGGUGCUACGCCUCAACAACUACGAGCCCAACUGCCUGCGCCGACGGCCCUCCGAUGAGAACAAUAUCACACCAGCAGAGAUCUCCCAGUGGACCAAUCACAGAGUAAUGGAGUGGCUGAGAUCAGUAGACCUGGCGGAGUACGCCCCCAACCUGAGGGGCAGCGGCGUGCACGGGGGACUCAUGGUGCUGGAGCCUCGGUUCAAUGUGGAGACCAUGGCCCUUCUGCUGAACAUUCCCCCCAACAAGACCCUGCUGCGGAGGCACCUGGCCACCCACUUCAACCUGCUGGUGGGAUCUGAGGCCCAGGGGCUCAAACAGGAUUAUCUAGAGAACCCCGACUACACCCUGCUUACAGCCACCGCCAAGGUCAAGCUGAGGAAGAUGACGUUUGGGAGCUUUGGCAGCCUGAGAAAGAAGAGGCAGGAUGAGAGUGAGGAGUAUGUCUGCCCCAUGGACGUGGAGAUGCCAAAGGGACGUAGCUUCCAAAAAGGCUAUGAGCUCUACGAGGACGAUCUGGACCGGCUAGAACAGAUGGAGGACUCCGAGGGAACUGUGAGGCAGAUUGGAGCCUUCUCUGAGGGCAUCCAAAACUUGACGAGCAUGCUGAAAGAUGAUGAAUUCUUCAAAGAGAUCUCUAACUCUCCCAACCCCAGCGUAACAGAUGACGAUUCCAACAUUUGAGGCCAGCGCCAUGGGACUAGCCGACCAGGAUUGAAAUACUAUUUGGAAUCAUUUAAAAUACUUCAGCUGUGCUUGAUUGAGCUUGCCUUUUGGGAUGGAAUGCAUAAAAGUGGCACUCCAGGCAGGCUAAAGCAAACACUCAAAAGUAUUCCUGAACCCAGGUGUGCCACUAGCACACACCGACUCCACCGUACCCUCCAACUCUCCGUACCCCCCAACAAGUUUCCGUAACUCCCAACAAGCACCAGAUCUCCUUUUAGUAUUUUUGGCAUAAAACAUUUUUAAAGAAAUUAAAAAGUCCAUGUCUGUUGUCAUGUGAACUGAUACGCUGUUGUUUAAGGUGCUGUCAAAGCUAAAAUACCCCCUAUGCAGGAUUAACAAUUCAACUCACCCCUGUCUACCCAAUAGCAGGUCAGUUAUCAAUCCUCAUUACUCCCUACAGAUCUGAUAGAUCCUUCUCUGCCUUACCUCUGAGCUAGUCUACAUCAAGGGACUGUUCCUCAAGCUCAACAGUAAGGGCCUUACAGUAAAGUGGGCUAUCCCCGAAGUAGAGUGCCUACGCUCCCUCACCCUGAACCUUAUAAACCCGGCGUCUUCUCAGGAUUGUCCGGGCCAGAGUGUCAACCUCAGCACACUGAACGGGUCGCCCUCCUCUGGGUUGGCUUUUAGCCGAGAGACACCCCUUCCUACGACUCCUACCAAUGCACUCAGUACCUAUAGUUCGGGUCCCAUGUUCCUUUAUACCAGCAACUCGGGUUUCCUAUGGAAUGAUUAACCAAGAGAAUUAGCUAGAGAUCCUCAAAUAAUCAAGCAUAUUUCAUAAACCUAGAGUAAAACGACAUGCAGUUGUAUGACUGAUGACACAGGGUUUUAGAACAAUAAAGUGAGUUUAUUAAAAAUUCCCCAAUCAAUCACAAAUCAUUUAUAAGCAAACAUUUACUGUAAAUUUAAUUGAUAGACAACCUUCAGCACCCUUAACUAAAUCCCUAUUGGGGUGUUCCAAUAAAAUGUUUUGUCUGUUACAAUUUUAUGAGAAGCACAUUAUUUAAUAACAAGAAAAAGCUUAUACAACUCUCUCAACAGUUUUUUUUCUCUUUUUUCUUUUUUCUUUUUCUCACCUAAAUUGCAUGUCAAUCCGCUUCACCCCUAAACGUUCUAACCUGGAGAGUUCCAGAUCAAGCUAACAUCCUUAAACUUCUUUUUUUUUCACAUUACCAUUCCCCACUUGGCACCAUAUUAAUCCCCCUCCAACUUAACUAAUUACUCCCAUUACCUCUUAAAUAUCCAAAAAUGUAAACAUUUAAUCAUUACAUUUCAACAUUAUAGCCUUCCAUUAACAAUCUCCAACAGGCCCUAAGGCCUUGUUCCUCUAAACUAAACAAACAUAGUCUAUAUGCAUCAUACCUUAAAGCAAACAUCACAUUAACUAUUUUACUGGAUUACUUAAAUCACACAUUGUUAACCCUCUUACUAAAUGGUUCUAAUCACCCUUUAAUCACCUCUGCCACUAUACAUUUCUCCAUGCUUUCAAAAUGUAACAUUUAACCUUUAAUCAUCAAUUAAUUUAUUUUACUUAUUUUAUUUUCCUUAGUCAAUGUCAAUUCUCUCAAUAUUCAUUCUUCUCUCUCUUGUGUGUGUGUGUGUGUACGAAACUUCUUGAGUGUGCUCAAAUGUUUUUCUAAAAUGUCAGACAACUGGGCCUUAGCCAACUACUAUUGACAGUACAAGUCCAUAUUAACUGUCCUAUUUGGAGAGGAAUUAUUUCAGAGCAAUAUACCACCAUAAUUUGCCUACCAGCUGGAUACUGGAGACGUUUGUACUCAUUGUUUUUAUACUAGCCAACUUUCUGUGGAAUUUAAAUAUUAAAGUGAGCCAUAUCAAUAUCUGAUAAACCCUUUUUUUUACAUUAAGAUGUAAUGUAGGGCUUUUGCAAAGUCUAAUGUUAUUUUAAAGAAUAUGUUUGGCUUUUUAACAGUCACUGUCGGAGGAUGAAAAACAUGCUGUGCAGUUUUGCCCAAGUUAAAUGAAUUCCCCAAGACAGCUGCUAUGGUUUACAAAGAAAACCAGACUAUUUCAGCUGCAACUUCUUUAUUCUUUCAGCACAUCUCACAAUAUCCUAGACACUCCCAGUAAUGGUGUUUAUUUGAAUGCAUUUGCACCUAUAAUGUACAGUUCAAAGCACAUCAUUCCCUUUUAAAGUGUCAUUGCAUGUUAUUGAAGCCUUUCUAGUUGCCAAAAUGUUGUACACCUGCUAACGGAAUAUGGAUUUCUUGUUUAUUAUAAUUUGUACUGCGAUAACUAUUCAUAAAUAUUGCCAGAUAGCAUAGUUAUUUUGAGAAUACCGUAGCUAGCCUGGGUGCCAGUCUGUUUCUGCUCUCUUGCCAACUCCUUUAUGGAAUUGGAUUGGCAAGAGAACAGAAAGUGACGAACUCAGGCUGUUGUAGCAUGUUGAAAGAGUUGAGCGAUAAAGCAAUGACACUGUUAUGCAUCACCCUAACCACAUGAGGAUAAAGUUUGUACUGUGUACUGGUUGAGUUUUUACCCAUUUCUAGGGUCAAUAAAUUCAUUGUAACUG